AUGAGCGCUUACGAGGACUCCCGUCCAUCCGAGGCAGCAGAGAAGGCCUCGAGUGCAGGAUCUAUGGUGAUGCCUUCCCAAGAGACAGGGCGUAUUAAGGGCCAGUUGGGCACGGGGCCCAACAAGGCGGAACGCGCGCGGGAGCGGGAGGCGAUCCUGAAGCAAUUGGAGGAAGACCGAAUGCGUUAUGAGGAGAGACAUGUUGCAGCCAGCGCGGUUCAAAACGAAGCAGCCAAGACAUCUUCGUCCUCAUCCGCACAGGUUCGCUUGCAGAUUCGAUGUGCCAGCAGUGGCAGAGCAGUGACCCUGGGCUCUUCCUUCACUCCCACCGACACCUUACUGACCGUCCGGGACUUCGCGGCGAAGGAACUGAAACUCCUUCCGGGUGAGGGCCUUGAAGGACCCGAGAUGUCGUUGGCCUUUCCUCCUCGCACGGUCUUCAAUGAGAUCGCCAUGUUGCAGUCGUCCCUAAAAGACUUGGGGCUGACUCCCAGUGCAACGCUUCUGAUAAAGGGGGUGUCUGCUGAAGCAGAGCCAUCGGAGCGGGUUGGGGCUGUGCCAGGCGUGGAAGCCAUGCAGGAGGAGCCGCGUUGCGAAGCUCCUCCAUCGGCUCCAUGCCCGAGGAACCAUCCCAUGGUGUGCGUCCCCAUCGAAGAAGAGAUGUGGUGCGAUCGUUGCUCCAAGGCACUGCCCAUCGGCAGCACGGCAUGGAAUUGCCAUGAGUGCGACUACAUCCAGUGUCAAGGUUGUGAGUGAGGCAUCGAGG